CGCGCCGGCCUGUGGCCCCGCAGCGGCCCGGCGCGGGCCCGAUGAGCGGCGGCCUCGGCCUCCGGCGCAGCCCGGAAAUGUCCGGCAAGAUCGAGAAAGCAGACUCUCAGCGUUCUCAUCUCUCCUCCUUCACCAUGAAGCUGAUGGACAAAUUCCACUCACCCAAAAUCAAGAGAACGCCAUCAAAGAAGGGAAAACCAGCUGAGGUGUCUGUGAAGAUUCCAGAGAAGCCUGUGAACAAAGAGGCAACAGACAGAUUUCUACCAGAGGGCUACCCUAUCCCCUUGGAUCUGGAGCAGCAGGCAGUAGAAUUUAUGUCCACCAGUGCUGUGGCUUCCAGGUCUCAAAGGCAGAAGAACCUGAGCUGGCUGGAAGAGAAAGAGAAGGAAGUUGUCAGUGCCUUGCGCUACUUUAAGACCAUUGUGGACAAAAUGGCUAUUGAUAAGAAGGUACUAGAGAUGCUUCCAGGGUCUGCCAGCAAGGUGCUGGAGGCCAUCUUACCCCUGGUGCAGAGCGACCCUCGAAUUCAACACAGCUCAGCCCUCUCCUCCUGCUAUAGCCGAGUGUACCAAAGUCUCGCCAACCUCAUUCGUUGGUCUGACCAAGUGAUGCUCGAAGGUGUGAACUCAGAAGAUAAAGAGAUGGUGACAACUGUCAAGGGGGUCAUCAAAGCCGUGCUGGACGGAGUGAAGGAGCUGGUCAGACUUACCAUCGAGAAGCAGGGGCAUCCGUCUCCAACAAGCCCAGUGAAACCCAGUUCCCCAGCCUGCAAACCCGACGGCCAGUCUGAGCUCCCCCUGACAGAUCGAGAGAUGGAGAUUCUAAACAAGACGACCGGCCUGUCGCAGUCAGCCGAGGGGCUCCCAGAUUCCACGGAUGAAGAGGUCGCGCCCCCCAAACCCCCCUUGCCUGGCAUUCGUGUGGUUGAUAAUAGUCCUCCACCAGCAUUGCCGCCGAAGAAGAGACAGUCGGCUCCGUCCCCCACCCGAGUGGCCGUCGUGGCCCCCAUGAGUCGAGCCACCAGUGGCUCCAGUUUGCCUGUUGGAAUUAAUAGGCAGGAUUUUGACGUGGACUGUUACGCACAGAGACGACUGUCGGGCGGCAGCCACUCAUACGGCGGCGAGUCGCCGCGCCUGUCCCCCUGCAGCAGCAUGGGCAAGCUCAGCAAGUCGGACGAGCAGCUGUCCUCUCUGGACAGGGACAGCGGGCAGUGCUCCCGGAACACAAGCUGUGAAACGCUAGAUCAUUACGACCCUGACUACGAAUUCCUCCAGCAAGACCUCUCUAACGCAGACCAGAUACCUCAGCAAGUGGCCUGUAACCUCAGCCCGUUGCCGGAGUCCUUGGGGGAGUCUGGGUCUCCGUUUCUUGGCCAUCCUUUCCAGUUGCCUCUGGGCAGCUGUCCCCAGCCAGAGGGGCCCUCGGCCCCAGGGCAGCAGAUGGACGUGCCGCCUGCUCUUCCCGAGAAGAAGCGCAGGAGUGCGGCCUCCCAGACGGCGGACGGCUCUGGCUGCAGGGCGUCCUACGAGCGGCACCCCUCGCAGUACGACAACAUCUCCGAGGAGGACCUGCAGAACCCGGCCUCGGCCCAGUCCGUCCCCUUCACGCCCUUUGCUGCUCUUCUUCCCUAUCAGCAAGGAGGUUCCUCAGCCUCGGUCGAAUUUGUGGGUGAUUUCACUGUUCCUGAAUCAACAGGUGACCCAGAAAAACCUCCUCCUCUACCGGAGAAGAAAAACAAACACAUGCUGGCCUACAUGCAGCUGCUCGAGGACUACUCGGAGCCGCAGCCCUCCAUGUUCUACCAGACGCCGCAGAAGGAGCACAUCUACCAGCAGAAGAACAAGCUCCUCAUGGAGGUGUACGGCUUCAGCGACUCCUUCAGCACCGGCGAGGCCCCGCAGGAGCUCGCGCCCCCCCCCGCCCUGCCCCCCAAGCAGCGGCAGCUGGCCUCCUAUGCUGCUUCUUCCUUCUCCUCUGUCUCCUACUGUGUCCAGCAAACUAAAGUGGCCUUCAUUCCCGAGGACGGCAGUGCCACUCAGGGCAUCAGUGUGUCCGUCUCUAACUCCUUUCUCAGCCGGCACGGCAACUUACCUGUGCCCUCGUAUAAAUCUGUGUUUAGGUCCUACUCCCAGGAUUUCGUGCCUCACAGCCAAGCUUCCGUCCAGCCUUUCCUCCCGUCUACCUCCUCUUCCUCUCCACAUUUCCCACCUGUCCACCAGUCUCAGAGCUCUGACUUAGCGGUGCCAACCGUAGCCAGUCCACCUCCCAGCACCCUGGACGGGCCUCUUUCAUCUUCUCAGGAGAGCAGCUUUCAUGGGAACACUGUCUGCCUUCCUUCCGAAACCUCUUUCACUGACUCGCCCCAGACGCCUUCGAGCGAACGCGCCAGUGAGGGUGAAUCCAUCAGUCUGUAUGCCUCUGGCCAGAGCAGCGAGGACACUGCCUUCUCUUUUCAGGAAUCACCAGCUUCGAAGGACGGACAUCCCAGAGAUGCCUCGUCGGCCGGCAGUGCACCUGGGAAGGAAAACAGGGACGGCGGGGACAGGGCCCCAAAGUCACCAGAUGCCCCAGAGGCUCAUUCGGAGGAGGAAGUAGACGAGCUGUCUCUCAUUGACCACAGUGAGAUUAUGGCACGGCUGACGCUCAAGCAGGAGGGCGACGACGGACCAGACGUCCGGGGAGGAUCUGGUGACAUCCUACUGGUCCACGCUACUGAGACGGACAGGAAAGAUCUGGUGUUGUACUGCGAGGCCUUCUUGACCACCUACAGGACCUUCAUCACCCCUGAGGAGCUCAUCAAGAAGCUGCAGUACAGGUACGAGAAGUUCUCUCCUUUUGCCGACACGUUCAAGAAGCGCGUCAGCAAGAACACGUUCUUCGUGCUGGUACGGGUGGUGGACGAGCUCUGCCUAGUGGAGCUGACGGAAGAGAUCUUGAAGCUGCUGAUGGAGCUGGUCUUUCGCCUGGUGUGCAACGGGGAGCUCAGUCUGGCCCGUGUGCUCCGGAAGAACAUCCUGGACAAGGUGGAUCAGAAGAAGCUGCUCAGGUGUGCCAACUCCGACCAGCCCCUGGCGGCCAGGGGCGUAGCAGCCAGGCCCGGGACCUUGCAUGACUUUCACAGCCAUGAGAUAGCUGAGCAGCUGACACUGCUAGAUGCCGAGCUCUUUUAUAAGAUAGAGAUUCCUGAGGUUUUGCUUUGGGCAAAAGAGCAGAACGAGGAGAAGAGCCCCAACUUGACCCAGUUCACGGAGCACUUCAACAACAUGUCCUACUGGGUCCGGUCAAUCAUCAUGUUACAGGAAAAGGCCCAAGACAGGGAACGUCUGCUCUUGAAGUUCAUCAAGAUCAUGAAGCACUUACGGAAGCUGAACAACUUCAACUCCUACCUGGCCAUCCUCUCGGCGCUGGACUCGGCCCCCAUUCGCAGGCUCGAGUGGCAGAAACAGACCUCAGAGGGCCUGGCGGAGUACUGCACGCUGAUUGACAGCUCAUCCUCCUUCCGCGCCUACCGGGCCGCCCUCUCGGAGGUGGAGCCACCGUGCAUCCCAUACCUGGGGCUCAUCCUGCAGGACCUCACCUUCGUUCACCUGGGAAACCCAGACUAUAUCGACGGGAAGGUGAAUUUUUCCAAACGGUGGCAGCAGUUCAACAUCCUGGACAGCAUGCGGUGCUUCCAGCAGGCGCAUUAUGACAUCCGGAGGAACGACGAUAUCAUAAACUUCUUCAAUGACUUCAGUGACCACCUGGCCGAGGAGGCACUGUGGGAACUCUCUCUGAAAAUCAAACCCAGGAACAUAACACGGAGGAAAACAGACCGCGAAGAGAAGACCUAGGAGCAGGUGCCGCGAGCGAGGACAACGCGAGAGGCUCAGAGGGCCGCUCCGAGGCUGGAAGGGACUUUGGACCUGUUACGUGGCGGUGGCACGUGUCCUGGCCUCAGAGCCACCAGGCCCAUGCAGGCCGCUGCUGUGCCGGGCAGGCGUCCGGAGCCGCAGCAGCUUCCUGCCCCUCCUCCGCAGGAGCAGACCCCCGGGCCGGGGGAGCCAGCGGGCGGUCUCACUGCUGAGUUGUGAACUGGGGGUUUGGGUUUGGUUUCUGCUUUUGCUCUGUCUUCCGCUCUCCCUCUCUCCCCCUCCCCCCAAGUCUGGGAGCAGCACAGGGACUUCAGCAGCAGCCCAGGAACGGUGGGAGUCUUCUGAAUCGCCUGACAGAUGAGUAGAGGCCCCAGGACCCUCGGGGCGGGGGCUGCUCUCCCCGUAACCUUCAGUGGGGUGGGCAGAGAGUAGAGGAGACCCGGGGAAGACUUCUGUCACUUGCCAUAUCCUACUUUUUAAGUGGAGGAUGGUGUGAGCUUCUCACCUGGCCCAGAAGGGUACGGCAGGGGGCCUUUCAGCAGCCCCCGGGGCUGGGGCUCCCGUCGCGGUACCGG